AUGGAUGCGCUCUCGAUCGCUACCGCCGUCAUCGCCUUCGUCGACUUCGGAUCAAAAUUAGUCUCUCUUUACCGAGAAGUCAGCCAGGCUCGCGAUGGCCUCCCCUCAGAGCUAUCGGAUCUCUCAACUCAGGGCCCAGAGUUGUCCAGGAACGCCAGCUCGGCCAGGGGCAGGAUCGCACAACUGCGAGCCCUCUACCCUCACCAAGCAGAAUCCUUCGAUCGCCUCACGUCGGAAUGCAACGUGGCCGAGGAGGAUCUGCAGAAACUUGUCAGCAGCUUCAAGCCAGGCCAGGGGAAAGCUGCGCUUGGCGCUCUACGCGCUUGGUGGAAGCAUGCCGAAAUCGAUACCCUCCAGGGACGGCUGAGAAACAUCCGAGACCAGUUGAAUACCAGCAUGAUCGUGUGUAUCUUGGGCACUACCAUGGAAACCCACAACGAUCCGGGGAAACUCAUCGACAGGCUCAGCCCUGAGCGUCCCAUCAAAUACCCGAGACCCGAUCUCGGCGAGAUGUCUAGUGACAAGCCGUUACAAGCCCCAUCAGACGCAAACAAGAUCGCGAUCGGAUUGUGGACAGCGAUCAAAACCACCCCAGGGCCAGGCGAUCUCGAAUCGGUCCAGGCUGCCGGGGCCUACGCCAGCGACUCUGUCCUAACCAACAGCAGCGACGCUAUUUGCCACACGAUUCUGAACGCUCUUGCGUUUCCUGAUAUGAUGGCGCGUGAGAAUCAGGUCAAAGAGCCUUUGCCUACCACGCUCAAAUGGCUUAUGAACGAUGCCGACCUGGUGAAUGGAACACCAUCCUCUUCCAUCGGCAGCACUCUUUUGUCUUCCUCGGCGCAGAAAGACACGCGUCACUCUCAAGGGCACGGCUUCAAAGCCUGGCUCGAGUCUCCCGACAACGAGAGUCCUUUCUGGAUAACAGGAAAGCCAGCUUCCGGGAAGUCCACGAUCAUGAAAUAUAUAUGUACAAACCCAAAAGUCGAAGCCUCCCUGAGGCAGUGGGCUGGCGAUCUUGAGCUUCUCACGUGCAGCGCCUACUUCUGGAACCCGGGGUCCUCAGAGCAAAAGUCCCAAGCCGGUCUUUUACGCACCAUGCUUCAUCAGCUUCUCGGCCAGCGACCCGACUUGUGCUCGUUGGUCACCCCGGAGCGCUACAUGUACUUCAGGCUCGCCGGAACCAACGCUCCCAGUCCAGAUUGGACAAUCAAGGAGCUUCGAAAAGCCUUCGAGAACCUAGGCUCUCAGAUCCAUGACACAGCUCGCCUUGCCAUGUUCAUCGACGGACUGGAUGAGUGCGAUGGCGAUUUGAUGGAGCUCGUUGGUUUUACCAAGAAGUUGCACCGUGAUCACAGGGUCAAGCUUUGCGUCUCGAGCCGUCCGUGGAACACAUUCAAAGACGCUUUCAAAACCUACCCAUCUCUCCGAAUGGAACAGCACACGAGGCCUGACAUCGAAAAAUAUGUCCACGAGCAAAUGGCGGGCAGCGAUGGGCUUCAGGAACUUCGCCAAGUAAAGGUUCGCAACAAAAGCGUUGUGGACCUUGAGUCCCAGCUCGUCGAGAAAGCGGACGGAGUUUUUCUCUGGGUAGUGUUGGUGGUGGAACAGAUUUUGGUCGCCGCUCGGGACAACCCCGAAAUGGACAAGAUCUGGGAGUUGUUUGAGGCACUCCCUCCAGACUUGGAAGAGCUCUAUGCGUCGAUGCGUAGACGAUCGAGCAAAUCCCUGCUGGAGACAGCAUCUCGAAUGUACCAACUCGUUUUCCGAUGGAAGGACACCGUCGAUGACCCCUUCAGCGCUGAUGCCUUCUGGAUUGCGAUCACCUGCAACCCUGCCGAGUCACCAGAGGUCCCUGAGGCUGACGAAAUGGUCAGGAUAAUCCCGGUGCUUGAAAGAAAAGUGGCGGGCUGCACCGGCGGGAUGUUACAAAUCGUCAAGCGUCGAAUGCCAAUACCCGUCAGACGCGAUCAACACAACAAUUACGUGGAGUUUAUCCACCGAACAGCGUUCGACUGGCUGCGAAGCAUGCACGUGUGGUCCGCCGUUGUCAAGGAUGGGCCGCCGGACUAUGAUCCGUCUCUAGUCAUCAUCUCCUUCCUCGCUCGCCCGCCCGAUUCGCAAUGGAGACCUAUCGGUGAAUUGGACGACGCGGGCAGUCCGGUCCCUCCGCGAUUCCGGUGCUUGUUCUAUUUCGCCCGGACUUGUCAUGAUUCGCGGGAGAGCAGGCGAGCACUCCUUCGCCUUAUCGAUCGAUCAGACCCCUCGCCAAUUGAGCCACUGCUAGGGGAAUCGCCGGCGAAACGCCGUGAAUCACUCGCUGUCGAAUUUCGUUGCUGGCCUUACCUUCAAGCAAAGCUUGAAAGCGGCGCCAAGCUCGAGCUUGCCAAGCCCCCGAGCAAGUUGCUUUGGUUUGUUCCUGAAAGGUUCUGGGACAAAACCAGAAGAGAUUCAUGGUCGUACGCUACCAGAUCCAUAUUGAUUAUCGAAGAUGGAAAUGACAUUCAAUCUCUGAACAUGAGACUGAGGAUUGCUAAGGUUCUAAGGGAGGGAAAGCUCAUUCCCACGCGGCAAAUAAUGAAAGGUAUCGGGCAGCUCAUCCGACAAGACACAUGGCCGUUGGAGUACUACAGGGCUCUUCAAGCAGGGCUUCAAGGGAGGGGCUUCGAUAUGCUGCUUAGUAGGGUGGAGCUGACGGGUAUCAAGAUAGGCUGGUCACGUCGCAGCUCUGACUCACCCAGGGUGAUGUAUUAG